CAGACGACUUGUUGCAGUGCAGGUCAGCUGGAAGCUGUAUUGAUAAAUUUGAUAUCAUCCUAUUUUUCGAACUCCUGCAGCUUUAUCUUUUACCUUUUUUUGACGCCAUUUUUGCAUUUUAAUCUGAUGGGGAUUGGGAAGUUUUUGUCAACUCCGUGAUCACUUCCAGUUCCAGCGUAAUUCCUACCCUAGGGUUUGUGGUGGUGUUCUAAACAGGAAGGUUAUCGACUGGUGGCCAUUUGCUCUGUCGUUUUCAUUUGUGGACUUUUCUUGCUGUCUGCUGCCAACAUAAUCUCCUUAGCAUGGGAUCCCGAACUUCCCCCACUGCUAACGGUGGCCGAUCCCCUGCUUCCUCAGCAGCAGGAUACAAAGUUUUCUUCGGCAUUAUCAACAAACAGAAUGAUCCAGAUAUGAGGCGUAUUGGGACACAAUUCUUGAGGCGCUGUGGUUUGCAGCCGGACGCCUACACCGACUUGAAGGCGCACUUACAGGGAUUCGUAGUGACCUUUCGAACGAAGAGCGAUGCCUUGAAUGCCGUUGACUGUUGCGAUGAAGGCACGCUGGGCGAUGCGUGGAAAGGUUCGGUGACCGCGCGGCUGUAUCAGAUUAACGAAGAAGCGGAUUCUGUCGUCAGUCGCAUGCAGAGGGAGCUCUGGAUCUUCCCGGACAAAUCCAUCGGGGAAGAGGCGCGCAUGGAGGACGUAUUGAAGAUCGUAGAGUUUUGGCAGAAGGCAGGCAUAUGUCCGCGCCUGGACGAUAAAGCCAAACCAACCCCCGAAGAAGAGGACGCGUUCCGUCGCAGUUUGCUGGAUAUUCCUACGUUGAAGAAUCAGAACGUUAUGCCGAAUUAUGGUUUUAAGACGGUGGUGCGGACCGUAUCCUCGGAAGCCGCGAUUGCAGCGUCUGUGAAUCCGCUGCCCGAUGAAUUAUCCGGUGUAUUCGACGGGAGGGGAUUCGUUAUUACAUGCUCCCGCCCGUGCGAGUUCAGACACCGCCACGAUGGUGAGUCCGUCGUUCUCCACCUUCCGACCAAGUGGCGCACCUCUUUCGAUGAGAUUGAACUUCCGAAGUGGGUGGAAGAGCUGAAGGUCAAAAGUGGAUUUGAGGGAGAGAAGCUUCAAGAGAAGGUCAAAAAUCCAAAAAUGCAUCAAUUCCUCGGCUUUCGCGAUGGGAAGGAGCGAGAACGUUUUAUUAAGGCGGUGGAGAAGCAUAUGCCGACUUAUCACGGCGUCCCGGUCCGUGCGCUCCGUUGGUCGGAUUCCAUUUUGUACGAUUUUAUAGGAGUUCUGAGCGAGCAGGAUCGGGCUGAUUUGGUCGACGUCGUCCAGGGUAGUCCGGAAAUGUUGCAGAAACUGCAGGAGCGCCCCGUUUCUCGAAAUGGAUGUGGCGACGGUGACUCAGCGAGGAUUAAUUCGUCCGAUGAGCUCGCGGAAAUGUCCUGGUGGAGCUGCUACUUACAGGUGAAUGCCUGCGCCAACCAGGACAUCUUGUUCACGGUGGAGCGUCCAAAUGGGGGCAAUAUGGACAGAAUUACAGUGGAUUUUUCGGUCUUGCUGGUAUUCACCGAAGGGUACCACCAGGCUGCGUUGAAACGUGCUGAGACCAUCCGGAAAUUUGAGCCCCAGCUGGAGGACAUGAUUGUUCGCUUUAAAGCUAGCGGCGGAAUGAUCAUGAAUGAGCAUUUGUCCUUCGAUUCACUGGGCGGAAUCAUGUUCUACUUGUGGUUUCCGAAAUUGGAGGAUGCGGUAGCGGCGUACCGAAUGAUUACACCAAAGGACGCCAAUACCAAAGCGCGCUUCAGCGUUUACGAUGUUAUUCAGCAGCACGAGGGUGAAAAAGUCCGUACAUGCGCUUCCCUGGAUACUGGCUUUUCGGUCACAUUCCCAAAAGGCGAAUGGGAAGUCAAAAUGGAUCUCAAGCAGAUCGCCCGUAAAGCCGAAGCGCGGUAAAAGAAUCUGUAUUUUUGGUGCCAAUGAUGAUUCAAGUUAGAUGUUAUUUUUGUACUUUUGUCUAUGUUAUUUUUGUCUACGUGUUCUUUCUUUUGUUUCCCGAAUUGCUUAACCGAACAGUUUCUUAUUAGUGGCACUGGCCUUAUCGACUGUUGUGAUUCGGUAGCAUUCGGAAUUAUUUGACUUCUGUUGUCGUUUGAGUCUGUCGUAAGAACAACGAUGACCUCUCGUUGGCUGACAAACUGGAAAAUGCCGGAAAAGAAAUAAACACCGUUCGCUUAA